CACGAAGGUGAAGGUAUCUGAAGUGCGAAACAAGUUUUUAAUGGAAAAUCGGUCAGAAAGAUCCAGCAUGGAGUCAAACCCAUUUGGAAACUAUAGCAACGUGAGUGUGAACAGUGAUGAGUUCAAGUCCGUAGAAGAUAGCGCUCAGAGACUUGACCGAGACGAGAGGAAUUUCUCCAUUGGAAAUAGUUCUCUGUCACUAUCGGGGAUAUACGGGGACCCCAACACCUCUUUCGAACAACUCCAAAAGAUGUAUGGAGGAGGACGCAGGGAGGUCCCCUAAAAUAUUUAAAAAAACUACAACAGCUGGAAAUGUCACAAAAUGCUGCAAUGUCAGUGGAAAGCACACUUGUGUUUUUCGGCAAGGGCCAGUAUCUUUAACGGCCCUUGCACAUAGUCUGUGCGCCAUGUCAAAAAGCAUUACCAGCAUAAAAAAAGCUAUACAGGAUAGCCACACUGAUAUUAUAAGGAGGCUUCCUGUAUCAGAAAACCCUGCAGCGACGGAACAACCUAGGGCUACUACUGCUGACCCGGAAGAAGAGGGAAGGGAAGAAGACAGUGUAGAUAUUUUUGAUAUGACAUUUCCCUUAAAAUCUAUGGAAGAUUUUAUAUUAUUUGAGGAAAAGUUGAAAGAUAAAAAUUUCAAGAAGAAUGUGAUGAAAGGUCUUAUCUCAAUUGGUACGGGAAACAGCUCUUCCAGAGCAACUACCAGUGUUUUAAGAUUUACAAUACAUCCAGAUCUUGUAAAGCAAUUCUCCUGGAAGGGACAGAGAAGAUUGAAUAAGAGGACAGAGUCAUUUUCCAAAACUCUUUUCAGCAAAUAUCUGAUUGAUGGAAUAAAAAAAAAUGGCAUGACGAGUCUACGAAGAAGAUAGAAAAAACAAUAUCUUCAUGGCUCCGCAAGACUUUAUUCAAGUAUAAGAACAAUGACAUGUUGACCACUGGGGCAAAGCUGACUACUGGGGGGGAAGGAUCUUACUCCUGAGGCAUCUAGAAGCUAUCUUGAGUAACAACUUAUGUUCAUGAAGCCUGCAAAAAAUGUUACCACUUUGUUUUUAUGACUUUUUAAAUAAUUACUUUUUUUCUUAAAAAAAUAAUAUAACAAACAGCGCAUCACUGACUUUCA